CUCUCUGCUGACAGCUCAUCAGUAACUCUACAGAACCUGUUUAGUGAUGAAAGAAAAGACCAAAAUCUCGAAUCUACACCAAAAGUUUGCAGAGAAGGCUUGGAAGGAAACCUUUCAGCUUGUCCGAAGAUGCAUGGAGAAACCCAGAGAUGAAUCCAAACCCUGUGAACCACUGGUUAGAUCCCUGGAAAGACUCCAGAAAGUGCUUCAUGCACCCUCCAUGAAUGCCACAAGGUCCCGCUUGGAAUUAAUAGCCAAACAACAAGGGAUGGGUUUUCACAUCGCCGAGUCCUCAUGCUUCCUGACGGCGGACUUAUUCUACCUGGAGGUGAUAUUGCUGCCAUGUGGGGGAGUGCAGGAGGUUAAGGUGGCCCCACAUGGAGGAGUCCCUGUUCCCAGUGAGUCCCUUCUGAAUUUGCUGAGGUUCAAAAGGUUUUCAGAUUUUUCUGUGAAGUUAGGACGCCUCUUCGACCAAUACAACAUCCCUGGAGACAAUGAAAUAAAGUUGAAAUUGUUGGCAUCUCUACAAUAUCUUGAGAAAGACCUUCAGAAAAUAUCAGAUUUACCAAGAGAACCAACAUGCAGUGAUCCACAAAUGGACUUGAUUAACAAUGGCAGGAUCGGUUGUCUGAUUGCAGGAAAGGAAGACUAUCCUCUGACUGUCCAGUUCUAUGUUCCCCCUAAUGAUGAAAUAAAGACCUCAGAUUCAGAUUUGGACCCAUCCAUCCAGGCAGCCCAGGUUACUGUUGGUGUCAGUGAUGUGUCUCACAAGCUUCAGACGGCAUCUGUGAUGUCGCAGCCUCCUCAGCUGGAUCCUCAGGGUUUUCUCAUAGUUACUCCACUGAGUGAGAUGCCUAAUGAGAUGCUGCCUGCCCUUUUCCUGCUAAAACUGCAACCAGCAAUGCCCAUGAUUUCUUCUUUUGUGGAGAAGCUCAAACAAAUAACAGACGUGGCUGUUUCCGAUGUUGACCUGCAGUGGGCGCCCUUACCCAAGCUUCUGAUGACAGGUUCAGCAAGUGCAAACAGCUGUUUGGAGACUUUAAAUGAACAGAAUAGCUUUAUGGUGCCUGCUCCUGGCAGUGUGAUGCACAGCUGCGUUCUCCCUGGAGCUGCAUGGGAUGUCCCUGCAUGGAGAGCAGCUGUGGUGGACGGCGUUCCCUUCACCCACCCUGCUCACGUCCCAGGUGUGCUGGAGCUGCUGCGCCACCAGUGCAACAUCAACACCCUGCUGAGGAGUUGCUUCUCUGUGCAGAGGGCCAGUCCAGGUGGGGAGGACGUUCACAUUACAAAACAGGGUUCUAAUUGUGAUCUGCAUUUCGAAGUCCUUCCGGAGUCUGGUACCAGCUUCUCUGUGACCUUCGCCCACCCCCUCGCAGACUCCCUUGCUGUUUUGCUGGUGGAUGUAUCUAAUCCUCAUCAGAUCGCCUGCAGCUUGUUUGGAGCAGGAACACCUGAUCCAUCCCUGGAUGAAUGCAUCUCAACAGUUUUGAAGAGCUGUCUUUCCAUUCCUGCAACCAUGAAGACGUUGUACAUCAAGCUAGAAGAGGUCACCUCUGCCCCACUUUCUCCCAGCCGUCCGGCCACCACAGAAGCCCAAAAUGACAACUCGGCUCCUUCGAGCGCAUCUGCGGCGGCCUCCGACGAAGAGCCGGCCCCGUUCUCCCAGAGCGCAGCUGUCCCAGAGGACGUCGUCGCUGUUACCGCCUCAGCCCACUCUCCCAUGUCUGUUGCUGAACCCGAGAGUAUUCCUGAAAUAAACUCCAGCUCCCCUGUCAACCCUUAUCCCUUUGUCCCUGCGGGUGUGUCUCAUCACUGGAUGGGCAGCAAUGGCAAACCGUCAGAGCUGAUUUAGACCUUUUUUUUAAAAGAUAACGCUAAAAAUAAUGUAACAUCUGUUUUCUUUCGUCACAAAUCAGAUCAGUCUAACCAGGGAAUGUGUGCUGCUUAACAAUUUUGAUGUUGAGCUUGUCAAACUAUGCAUUUCGGUGUGGCAGAGACGACCGGCUGUAAAGCUCCUGAGGUUUGGCAUCUGAUUUCAGACAGCCAGGAGCCCAGUUGCACGGUGCCAUGUGACCCAAGCAAAGACUUUUUUAUGUCAGAUUCUUGACAGCUCAUAAUCACGAAGGCCUUAAAGUAAGAAAUGGUUCUUAUCAGAUGCCAUACUACAAAGGUAUGGGUUUGAAGUAUGUAUUUUUGUCCUAAAUAAAGUUUAUUUUUAAUUUUUUGUACAAUGACAAAGUGACAUUUGGUGUGAAGGCACGGGAGCUCAGUAUCUCAAUGGAGUGGAAACUUUGGAAGAAAUCUCUUGAUUACUGCUGAGGUCACUUGUGCUUUUUCUGGAUGCCAGCCAGGACUUCUACUAAUGUGGAACAAGUGUGAUUAGUCCUAUUUAACUAUCCUCCGCAGAAGAAAAAGCGUGGCAUUUCCACAACCAGCUUUAAUGUGCAUUUGGAGAUUAAAGGUCUUUGCAGGUGACGGCUGCGGCAGGUCUUUCAGCAGCAUGCAUGUGGAAGGAUUUAACUUGUAUUCAGGAUAUUUGGUCAACUGUCAACAGCAGACAACUGGCUUUGUCCUUUUGUCUUUUACUUCCACAUAUCCAGUGACCUGGAUGACUGCUAUUCAUAGAAGCAACAUAUGUGGUUAAACCGCUCUCUCCUUUCAGGAGGGUCUGUAUCUGCUGAAUAUUUGAGAGAUUAUGCGUUCUAAAUUGUGAUUGGUUGAGGAAAAAUGGUAUAAAGGUUUAUAUGAGCUGUAGAGAAUGAAAAGCAUGUGCAUAUCGAACUGUGGAGUGACAGUGGAACAGUUUGGAGCAGGAAAUGAAACAAAGUACUAACAUAAAUCUGUUUAAAAAGAGAUACAAAAAAUUAUUUAUAAACAGGUAUAUGGAAGAGGAAAUGGGUUAACGAGGAGUGUGAGA